GUGUAUGUGCGCGCUCGCUCGCCCGCUUGCCGCCGCCGACGACGACGACGACGACGACGCUGCCGCCCGAGACGCGAACACCUUUGCCGAGUCGCGAUACUAUAUGAUAUUGGUUACGCGCGCGACCGCCAACCACCUGCCCGUUUUAUAUACGCGUAGUAAAUCAUUAUAAUUACACAAAUACACACACACACACACACACACACACACACACAAACACACACACACACACACACACACAAACACAUAUACAUACAUCUGUCGUAACACAUGCAUACACGUGUAUUCAAUUUACGUAUUUAUAUUGUAGCUGCGGUACACAGAGACCGUAGUCUCGUUAUUAAAUUUCCGCCGGUUUUUUUUUUUUAAUUUAUUUAUUUGUUUUUUCUAUGUGCAUCUUGUUAGAAAAAAAAAUUGUUUAAUUUUAAUUGUUAUCGUAGCAGUUGAACACCACAGUGUGUUGUAAUACGUCAUUUAUAUCGUAGAUCAUCGUUAACACGAUGUUCCGCGCGUGAUGAACAAAACAAACAGAAAUUAGCCGUUGCGUGCACCAGACAACAUAUUAAACGCGCGCGCGUCAUAGUUACUACAAUAAUAUUAUCGUCAUAUGACGGUGCAGUAAUUACUGCUGCACAAUCGUUAUGUAAUGGUUCGGGGGGGACGACGACGACGACGACGUUCGCAACAUACACCAACCGCCGACGCUGGUAAAUCAAAAAAGUUAAUUAAACUUUUGGACUCUCAACGACGACGUCGACGGCGACGACGAAGACAAUGCAGGUCUCCUCGUGAACGGUGACACGCCGCCGUUAAAGGAGUAUAUCUGCUGCAUUCGAGUAGUGGAUAUCGGUGCAUUGUUGCUAGAUACGAAGUUUGAAUUCCACGGCGGAGGAAUACGUUUCAAAAAAAUAUAAACAAUAUUAUAUUACAAACCACCAACGCCCCAACAAAAUUGAUUUUACUGUCAAUGCUAACUAUUGUAAAAACAAAUACACCUUUCUUGUUGCACAACAUCGAUUUUCGUCAUGCAUAAUAGUGGUAAAGAACGCAAAACGCAUGCUGAAUUUCUGCUCCCCGUAUUGUGUUUCGGUACUCUUUUUGUUUUCACCCUAUCGGAAAAAGCCUGACGUUUGUACAAUACGACUACGUGCGUUUUUUACGUAUUCGGUUCUUAAGCGAUAUCAUCAGUCUCUCGUUCGGUACUUAAAUACGUUUUGCUGAACCGUUGAUAGUCGAUGAAAUCAGAUGCCAAAACGAUGAAACUUCGAGUCAAAGCAAUAAAAAUAGUUAUCAAAAUAUUUAUGGUAUUGGAAAACCAACAAUCAGGCUACUAUUCACGACUGACCGAUAGUAUGUGCCGACUUUAGCUACAUAAUCAAUAUGGAACCGGAACAAAAUCGGAACGGAGGUGGUAGACCAACCACUACCACUAUCGCUAUCACCACUGCAUCCACUACAACCACAAAUGCUACUGCUACAGUCUACGGCGACCAACAGGCUGUAGAGGCUGCGCUAAACGAGUUCAUCGACAAAAUGACACCUCGCGUUAACGUGUUGGAGAACGAAGUGAUGUACGCGUGGCGAGCGUUGGACUUAUUGUCAGACGAGUAUGUGAAAAUGUGGGAGCGUAUCGAAAAACUUGAAACUAUUAUUCAGAAUCAACAGUCUGUUAUUGGGCAAAUGGUCGAGAUAUGUGCAGAACCGAUAUCAACUUCGACUACAUACAUGGGACCACCCGAAAUUGGUGACCGCCCCGCACUAAGUAUGAUAUGGGAGGAAUCGGAAGGUAGCAGCAGUAACGGUACUAAAAAACCGUCGGAACAGAGAGACGUGGAUUAUAGAGUGUACGAAGAUCAGUUAUUAAAUGAAGACCAGGAAAAAAUGGAUUCCGUCGAGUCUGCCAAAGAGAUUUUCGAAAAUAUAGAACAAAUGGAGAGAAACAUGCGACAACUGUACGCCGAAGCCCAAUUAGAUAGUUGGAACGACGAGACAGAAAGAGCGGCAGCUGCUCUCGAUUUUUAUCCAAUUAACAAGCCACUCACAUCAUCAGUGGGAAAUUUACAACAUCGUAUGUAUCCUUACACGUCUCCGUCCAUUCGAUCGCUACCCACGAUCCCGAAAUGCGAAGAACCCGGGUACAGAUCACCGACAUUAUUUAUGGAUACAACGUCACAAUCGACUUACAUGAACGACUCAUAUCAACCACAAUCGCCACCCGGUAGUCCACCACCUCCAGCACCUGAGGAUCCUGUAUUUCCCAGAUCGCUGUCAUCCGCACUGUCACUAAGUUUGCGACAAUUUCACAGUUCCACCAAAGAACUUGAUUCGCUUCAUCAGUUUCAUAAUUCUACUAAAGACCUGAAUAUGCACCAAUAUCAUAAUUCCUCCAAAGACUUGGAAACAUUACACCAACAACGAUCUGGUGCUAUAGUCACCGCCAAUAAGUCCGAUUCUGGUCUGUCGUCGAUGAGUGGUGGAAUGUUGUCUAGUUAUGAAAAAUCACCGUGUUCACCAAGAAAGCGAGUGUUUGAUCAAUCUUACCAGAUUUCAGUGGCUGGUCCAUCCGGAUUAACGGUAGUAACAUGUGUGACCACUGCAUUUGACACCGAUUAUCCUUAUUACGAUAGAUCAACUGGGGUAUAUUCGACAGCAGGUCAAGGAUAUAAGUACCAGACUACUAACGCACAACAAACGUCUAUUUCCAACGUACCGGACCUGUUGGACGUAAUGUCAUACAAAGAUUACAAAAAACCUACGGAUAGACCAUAUCCUGGUAUAACAGAUGCAUUAACUUAUUAUCCGAACACCAUUAACGAUACAUAUUAUGGUAGAGAAAACAACAGGCUAGACAAUAAUCAACCUCGGUAUAGAUAUGUAACAACGCCUAACUUUCAGAUUCGUUGUGAAGAUGACGGUUCAAGACGGGAAGAAAAAACGAAAAAAUCUAAACGUAACAUAAUCAAAUCAGCUAUGAGCUCGGUCAGUAAUUCAGUGAGCAAUUGGUUUCCCGACGUGCACUUGCCACAACGGCAUCGAUCUCAUUCAUUACCUGGUGGCUUAGAAAGGGAACCCGACGCGGUUUCCGUUCACAGUGAAACUGCGACCACAUCAAAACCACGUAGUUGGAACACACAAAGGCACGGUAGUCGUAAGAAAAAAAAAUCUAUUGUAUCCACCAUGUCUGGGCUGCUACAUAAAACCACUAAACCUACCCCUUUUCAGAGCUCCUAUUCAAUAGCCGAUCCAGAAUUUGCGGAAAAUGAAUGGACUCAGUUAAAAGCUGGAGAUAGGCCAACACCUCCAGAACCACCACCCUUGCAACCACCUGAGCCAGCCAAUAUUACCACAGAACAGCAGGAAGAAGAGGUGCAAGAACAAAUUAAUGAAAUUCAGUUACCAGCUGAAAUGUUCAAUGGCCCGACUAAAGAAUUUGCCGUGUCUAGAAAGUUGAGUAAAUAUAGAGAACACUGUAAGCUUUCGAAUGGAGUGACAGAAGGUGAAUCAUCAGUAACUUCAUUAGAAAAACGUAACAAAUCAUUAGAAGAACAGUCCGUUAAACAUCACGAAGAAUUUAUACAGCCAACAAAUAAUAUAAGAAAUUUCAAAAUGUCAUCUAGACAAGCAAGUUUAGAGGUACCGUGGGCUGGAAAAGGAUCCGCAGACACUGAAGAUGAUAGCAGAAGCAAUCAUUCGUGGAGAAGUACGUCUAGAAUUUCAUCGAGGCGGCAAAGUACUGAAGAAAGCAUUGAUAGUGACGACGAAUGGUACUGUUAUGAAUUAAAACAAUUAGAAGAACUAGAGAAAAAAACUCAUUUUGAACGAGUAUUUGGGCCACCUAUGUUACCACCACCUAGUGCUCGAAGUGAAUCAUCCAUAAUUGUAUCUAAAGUCGAUUUUAAAGAAAAAAUGUCUAAAGCUAUUGAAGAUAUAAGAAAACAGUCAGUAGACGAAUCGUUCAAUGAAGACGCUUUCGAGCAAGAACAAUCCUUAGAUACAGUCAUUGAAGAAGAAUUACCACAAGAUGAUGGGCCUAUAAGGUUUAAGUUAAUGAAAGUACCGGAUACUCCAGGUGGCAUUAAAAGGGAUCUUCCAGGUCAAGACCUAGACCUAGGGCCGGAACAGGAACUUGAACCGGAAACGGAAACGGCCGACGAACAAAUGGUUGUUGAAGAGGAUGAAAGCCCCGGUACACCAUCAUUGCCCAGGUUUAAAUUUGAUAAAAACGAUUUAGUAGAUAAAGAAGAAACUGGUAGUAAAUGGAAAAUCGUGAAAGCUCUCAAGGAAAAAAAACCCGAAGAGAUAAACCAGGAUAUUGGACCUCCACCUACUCCGAUUAUCGAGAAUGGAAGAGGGAGCGGAGAAAACAUUAAUAGAGCGAAUGGACACCCUGGAGACAAUCCGUUUUAUAGCAACAUCGACAGCAUGCCGGAUAUUCGACCCAGGAGAAAAUCUAUCCCUCUUGUCUCGGAACUGGUUCUCAAGACAAUGGCUGCCACAAAAAGAAACGCAGGGCUGGCAUCAGGAGUUCCACGUCCAACUCUCAACGACGAAGAGCUGAAAAUGCACGUAUACAAAAAAGCUCUACAAGCCCUAAUCUAUCCAAUAUCAUCGACUACACCGCAUAAUUUUGUCUCGUGGACUGCAACUUCACCAACGUAUUGUUAUGAAUGUGAAGGGCUGCUGUGGGGCAUCGCCCGACAAGGAGUACGGUGCACCGAAUGUGGGGUCAAGUGCCACGAGAAGUGCAAAGAGCUCUUAAACGCCGACUGUUUGCAAAGAGCGGCUGAAAAAAGUUCCAAACACGGUGCUGAAGAUAAAGCGAUAUCAAUUAUACAAGCAAUGAAGGACAGAAUGUUGCAACGCGAAAGAGAUCAUCCAGAAAUUUUCGAACUUAUCAGAACCAUGUUUUCUGUGGAACCUGAUAUGCAUAUCGAUUCCUUGGAGCAAGCGGAAGCUAUCGUUCUUGAAGGCACUUCUAAAUGGUCGUGCAAAAUCGAAAUAACAGUAAAAUGUGCUCAAGGGCUCAUUGCAAAAGACAAAAGUGGUACAUCAGAUCCAUACGUAACUGUUCAAGUGGGUAAAGUUAAAAAAAGAACGCGAACCAUGCCUCAAGAGCUCAAUCCUGUUUGGAAUGAAAAAUUUUAUUUCGAGUGCCACAAUUCUUCGGAUCGUAUUAAAGUCAGGGUAUGGGACGAGGACAAUGACUUGAAAUCGAGACUAAGACAAAAACUAACCAGAGAAUCGGACGAUUUUUUAGGACAAACUAUUAUCGAGGUUCGAACGUUGUCGGGUGAAAUGGACGUUUGGUACAAUCUCGAAAAAAGGACUGAUAAAUCAGCAGUAUCCGGUGCUAUUCGAUUACAUAUCAAUGUAGAAAUUAAAGGAGAGGAAAAAGUCGCUCCUUAUCAUAUCCAAUACACGUGUCUUCAUGAAAAUCUAUUUCACUCGUUGUGUGAAAAUAAUGCAGGAAUAGUUCACCUACCUCAAGCCAAGGGAGAAGAUGGGUGGAAAUUGUAUUUUGAAUCUCCCGCACAAGAUAUUGUCGACGAAUUCGCUAUGAGAUAUGGCAUAGAGUCUAUUUACCAAGCAAUGACACACUUUCAUUGUCUUUCAACAAAAUAUUUAUGCCCUGGUGUCCCAGCAGUAAUGAGUACAUUGUUAGCGAAUAUCAAUGCCUACUAUGCACACACGACAUCAAGCUCCGCCGUAAGCGCAAGCGACCGUUUUGCAGCAUCCAAUUUCGGAAAAGAAAAAUUCGUAAAGCUGCUUGACCAGCUACAUAAUUCGCUCAGAAUAGAUUUAUCAAUGUAUAGAAAUAACUUUCCGGCAUCCAGUCAAGAAAAAUUAAUGGAUCUUAAAUCGACUGUCGAUUUGUUGACAAGUAUUACAUUUUUCAGAAUGAAGGUACAAGAACUUUCAAGUCCACCAAGGGCUAGUACCGUUGUUAAAGACUGUGUUAAAGCGUGUCUAAGGUCAACUUAUCAAUUUCUAUUCGCUAAUUGUUAUGAUUUAUACGGCAGAGAAUAUCAGACUGAUCCAAAUGAAAAAAGAGACGAAGACACGGGACCAAAGUUAGAUGAUUUAGGCUUUUGGGAUAAGCUUGUAGCACUCGUUGCUUCAGUAAUCGAAGAAGAUAGAAAUAGUUAUGCACCUGUUCUGAGUCAAUUCCCAGCAGAACUCAAUAUAGGACAGUUAUCUGCAGCAACAAUGUGGAGCUUCUUCGCCGUGGACAUGAAGUAUGCUCUAGAAGAACAUGAAACACAUAGACUUUGUAAAACUUCAGCGUACAUGAACCUCCAUUUCAAAGUAAAAUGGCUGUUUACUAAUUAUGUAAAAGAUGCACCACCGUACAAAGACGCAAUACCCGAGUACCCAUCUUGGUUUGAACCGUUUGUAAUGCAAUGGCUAAAUGAAAAUGACGAUGUGUCUUUAGAAUAUUUGCACGGAGCUUUUAACAGGGACAAAAAAGAUGGGUUUCAAAGAAGUUCAGAGCAUGCGUUAUUUUCCAACUCAGUGGUAGACGUAUUCACUCAGCUUACACAAUGUUUUGGGGUUAUAUCAAAAUUGGAAUGUCCUGACCCAGAGAUAUCCAAUCGAUACAUGAAAAGACUUGCUAAAACAAUUGUCAAAGUGUUAUUGGCAUACGUAGACAUAGUUCAAAAAGAAUUUGAUGCUAAAGAACUAGAUGAAAGAACUGCUUGUAUAUUAAUGAAUAAUAUUCAACAACUACGAGUACAACUAACAAAAAUGUUCGAAUCAAUGGGUGGCAAACAACUGGAAGAAGAUGCUACAGAUAUUCUAAAUGACUUACAAACGCAGUUAUUAAAAGCUUUAGAUGAACUAUCUGGGAAAUUCGGAAAAAGUUUGGAACCUCAAAUAAAGAAAAGUGUCAAAGAACUUGGUGAGUUAUUACAAAGUAUCAAAGGAGGUAGCCAAAAUCCACAACAAGUAUCUAUGAUGGAAGUAGACGAAAUAUUAAGGCCAUUGAUGGAUCUAAUGGAUGGUUCAUUAUCAUUAUUUGCUCAAACUUGUGAGAAACCUGUACUAAAACGAAUUCUUCGAGAAUUAUGGAAACUUGUAAUAAGAAUAUUGGAAAGAUCAGUAGUCUUACCACCAAUGAUGGAUAAAAGUAUGAUAUUGAAAAACCUUAGCGAAAACGCUAGAUCACUGGCAGCUAAUGCUAGAAUUGAAGACAUGUCCAGAUUAAUUAGAAACCAUAUGGCUGGAAAGCAAGAUGUUAAAAAUGCUUUAACAGGAGUAAUGGAUAUGGAAAAGAACUUAAAUACUAAGCAGUGUAGGGUCUUAGAAUCUGCAUUGAAAACAAUUAAAACAUAUUUCCAUGCCGGUGGAAAUGGACUGAAAAAGAAGUAUUUGGAUAAAAGUUCAGAUCUUUUAUCUUUAUGCUAUGCUUUAUCACUUUACACAAGAUCCACAGAUGAACUCAUCAAAACGUUUGUGUUGACACAAUUGCAUCAAGUACCACAAAAAAAUGAUCCAUUACCACGACAACCAUCACUAAUGAGUGGUACUGAAGUAAAAGAUGAGAUGGACGAAAUGGAUUAUGACGAGGACGACGAAACCGAGGAGGAAGAAGCAUUAGAUGAAGCAGAAGAAGAUGUAAAAUCAAUGGGAAGUCGAAUGGAAAAACUCUUUGAAAUUUCAAGAAGACCAUUACAAGAAAAUUACGUAUAUGAAGAACCUUAUGGAGAAAUUUCUAUUAACGUUUACAUUGAAACACAACCAACGAAUAACGAAUUUAAGCUCACUGUAACAGUGGUUGCUGCUAAUACGCUGGUAUGGCCAACAACUGGUAUGUUUCGCCCGUUUGUCGAAGUGAACCUCAUCGGACCAAGACUAGCGGACAAGAAGAGAAAACAGUCGACGAAGAGUAAGUCAGGCAGUUGGAGUCCUAGAUACAACGAAGCGUUCGUUUUUUCUAUUAGCGCCAUUGAAGAUUUAGAAUGUUACGAAUUGCAUUUUUGCGUGAAAGACUACUGUUUUGCUCGCGAAGAUCGGCUCGUUGGCGUGGCGGUUUUGCAGAUGCGACAUGUUCCAAUAAUGGUCCGUACCGGCGAAUGGUUAGGCCUCGGCAGACGAAUACAAAUGAAUGAGACUGGAUGGACGAUUUUGCGGAUACUUUCACAGAGGUAUAACGACGACGUAGCUAAGGAAUUCGUGAAGCUCAAGUCGGAGACCAGACAGGAAGACCAGUCGUCCAUACAGGGGUCGUAAAAACAAAUCGACACGGGUAUUCAUCGCCAGUAGUCUUCCACUGAAAACAAUAAAAUUAAGACUAGUUAAAAUAAUAAAUUAACUUCAAUAUGUUGUAAAAAAAAAUGAAAAUCGAUCAAGAGUUGUGAAUAGUAAUAAUUUAACAAGGGCUUAGAAACAAUGGAAGUUCUUGUUGCAAUUACUAUACUAUAGUCAGAAAAGUGAUAGUAAUCAUUUCAAAGCGAAAAAAAAACGUUGGUCUUUUUCAUAUUAAGUAAAAAAUUAUAUACGUUCAUAGCAAUAAAUUCUUAAAGAAAAAACACAUUAAAAAUUGACCAACAUUUUGAGUUUUAAACAAAUCAACGGGACCAUUCUCAAAUUAAAAAUUAAUUAUUCAAUUUAAUACACUGCAGUGUUGGUUGUAAUGAUUGUAAAACUUUCUGUGUGGUAGUUAGGUGCCCGGAAUGCCAGGGCGUUUGGAUGGAAUAGGGUGAACACCACUAAUUUUAAGGUGGCUUUGAAUAUUUUAAUAUUUAAACAUUUGUUGUUCUAAAUUCACAGUACAAUAUUUAGGUAAAUUAAAAUUCUACUGUAUAAAAGGGGACAUGAUAUAUACAGAUGCACCAUUCCGCAUAACCGAAAUCUAUUACCUACCUACUAAAUUAAAUGCGCUCUAUUGUUUUUAACAAACCAAUAUUUUUAUACAAAAAUGAUAUUCCUGCAUCGAACACCUACAGGUUAUGUUAUUUACAUUAUUACCUAUUCCUAGCACUUGGGCGCAACUAUAAUAUUCUGCAUAUUCAUAUAAUAUUAUAACGAUAUGGGACGUCAUUUUUUCUCUGAAAGUUCUGACAAAUGUAUUGUUGUUGCUGUUAUUAUUGUUGUUUUUGUUGUUGUAGUUGUUGUUUUUUCAAACGGGCCUCUACUCCGGAACCUUUGACCAGCAACAGGUUAAGCCAAAUCGUAUAAUCGAUCCAUAAACCGAUUUUCAUCCGGUCAGGUGCGUGAUUGCGGAACGCAUUAUCGUUUUUAUCUCUUUAUAUUACUCUGCGGGUAAUCAUGUCUAUUCUAACACUCUGACUCAAGUAUAUAUUAUGUAAUGUACAUUUCCUUGGACUCGACGACUUGAUAAUACGAAAUAUCGGUCAUUUUAUUGUGAAACGCUUAUUGAAACAUUAAACAUAAAAUCUAUACAUGUUUAAACAUCCAUCGUAAUACCUGUAUACCUACCUAUACCUAUUUAAAAUAUUUAAAUGCUUUAAACUAUUGCAACUCUAAUAAUAGUAUUAAACUACCAUACACGUGUUAUAUACAUAUAUACAAUAUAUAUUACUAAUAACGUCUUCCAUUACAUCAUGUUGUUUUCUUCUAGUACGCAUCCAUUUCAUUGAUUUCGUGUAAAGAAAUUGAUUAUUCUUGUUUUCAUUCCAUUCGCUCGGUUAUUUUCUUGUAAUUUUACAUUUCUUAGUGUCUAAGUAAUUUCCAUUAUAAUAAUUUAAUACUAUUCGUUCUUGAUUGAUUUUCUAGGCUAUUGAGCAUUUUACAGAUAUAACUUUUAAAACUUCCUGACAAACUGUGUGUAAACUAUAAUAAGUGUCAAAAGGGAAUUAAUAAUUUUAAUAGGCCUCAUUCUUAUACCUACUCUUAUUCCAAAUUUGCAUUAUUUACUUGAUAAUAUUCAAACAUUUUGGGAAACACCUAUUUUUUUAUUCAAUAGGUUAUAAUUUAUAUUAUAUCCGUCCUAAUACCCAAUUAUAUUAUUGGUCAAAAGGGUUUCACAUGUAAUAUUGUUUUCACAGCAAUAAUUAAUUCGUAUUCGUAUUGUAAAAAAUAUAUUUAACCAAACGCAUCGUUGAAUAUUAUUUACAAAAUAAAAUGUGAUAAAACAUCGAUAUAUUCAAAUUAUUUUUUAUCAAUUGUAUUGUAAAUUAAUGUUAAAACCAAUAUUUAUUAAUACCUACUAUAACAAUAUGUGUAUAUUAUGAAUUAACUAUUUAAGCUAGCAAAACUAUUGUAAACUACAUAAUGUGCAGGUGGCCUAAGUUGAAAACUUUAUAAGAGAUUUUCUUUCAAAAGUUACCUUCCAAACUCUUAUCCAAAACCCUCGUUAUGUUUAUUAUGUUAAUUUUCCAAACCCAACCAACCGUACCAUACAUAUCGAUCUAUCGUUUCUUAUUUUAUGUUGCUAUAAAUAAUUAUUAUAUUAGUAUUGUGCUAAUGAUAUUAAUCUAUUAAUUUAUUGCUAUAAUCAUGUUUGUAAGUUCAAGUAUAGGGGCCUUUAUUUUUUAUAUAAUAUAUAACCUAGACGUUGAAUAUUUUAGUCGAAUCUGUUAAACUUCGGUUUUAGAUUGUUAUAACAAACAUUUACUAUAUAUCGUCAUUAUGAUUAACCAGGGUAAACGUAUUAAGCAAUGUGUUGUUUUUGUAUUAAUAUUUUAUUGUAAUUAUGCACUUAUAAUAAUUUUUUAACAUUUUUUUUUAUAUAUAUAAUAUAUAUACCAAAUUCGGUUUCUAUACAAACAUUUAUAAAAAAAAAAAGAAACAAAAACGCAAGACAAUAUGAUAAUUAUAUUGUUUGAACCGAAACUAUUUAUUGUGUUACUGCCCAUAACGUAAUUUUUCGGUGUAUUUUCAAACGGUGUCUAUGAAAAAUUAUUAACUUGUCUAUGCUCCUCUAUUAUCUUAGUCUUAUACUUGAUAUUAUUAUUUUUGAUUUCAUUCAAAACGAGUAAGUUAUUAAUAUUGUUAUAUUUGAUUUGUAAAGAUAAAUGAAAUCAACAAUAAUACCUAAUCAUCUAUAUAUUUAAGCUGAAUAAAGUGCGCUUUUUGUCUAUACUUCCUAAUUUAAGUCCUCCUCGUUGUUUUUAAUUUAUAUAAACGGUACGACAUGGUAACGAUAAUAACAGCGCCUGUCACCGCCUAAAAUACCCAUUAUAUUAUUACCAUUAUUAUUGUUAUUAUCAUUACUAAUGUCUGCCACUUUACCUUA